AUGAAGUUCUCCCUUAUUGCUCUCGCAGCCAUUGCUCCAAUGGUCUCGGCCCAUUACUUCUUCGACACUCUCAUCAUUGAUGGCCAGGAAGCCCCUGGCUCUGUCCGGUCCAACACUCGUCCCGCCAAGUACAAUCCGACCAAAUGGAUCAACACCCGCGACGACAUGACCCCGGAUAUGACUGACUUCCGCUGCAACAAGGGAGCUUUCACCUUCGCUGGCCAGACCAAUACCGUGGAGGUCAAGGCCGGAUCCAAGGUUGCGAUGAAGCUUGCCGUUGGUGCUAAAUUCCAGCACCCCGGUCCUGCCCAAGUGUACAUGUCCUUGGCCCCUGGCGCGGCCAAGGAGUACCAGGGCGAGGGCGACUGGUUCAAGAUCCACCAAGAGGGUAUUUGCGACAAGAACAAGGACAUCAAGACGAAUGCCUGGUGCACCUGGGAUAAGGAUCGUAUUGAGUUCACGAUUCCUGCCGGUGUGCCUGAUGGCGAGUAUCUGCUUCGUCCGGAGCACAUUGGUGUCCACGGUGCUCACGAUGGUCAGGCUGAAUUUUACUACGGCUGCGCUCAAAUCAAGGUUGUCGGUGGUGGCAAUGGAACUCCCGGACCUACGAUCAAAUUCCCCGGUGGUUACAAGAAAGAUGACCCCUCGUUCAACUUCAGCAUCUGGAAUGGCUACAAAGACUACCCCCUGCCUGGCCCGGCCAUCUGGACUGGUGCAUCGGGCUCUACCCCUGCUCAGGUGCCUAACGUCGGUGCUGCAGCUCCCGCCAACGUUCCUACUUCCGAUGAGGAAGAAGAGAACAUGUGCGCAGACCACCAUUGGCGUGCGCACCCUCGUGCCUUUAAGCACUAA